AGGUAUAUAAACGCCUAGCUUCUAGCGUUAUUAUCGUGUGCUUAGAUUCUCCAGAGCAGCACCAAAAGGUAUAACCAUGUUGUUGGCCGUCUCAUUCUUGCUCUUCGUGACGCUCUGCGGCACGGUGUCUAGUCAGACAUAUAAGGGAUACCCUCCGAUACGACCAUAUCCAAUAAAGUCAUGUUACAAUGUGUAUUGCCCGACUGUCUACUGUCAUGGACAGUACAUACCGAAGGGCGAGUGCUGCCCUCGUUGCCCAAAAGGGUAUGGUUAUCAAGAUACAGAUGCAUAUCGGCCUGGAGGAAAGUGAAAUGACAAGUUUUGACAACAAGGCAAACACGGGCAUGAUAUGAACUAAGAACAGACGGAAUUUAUCUCAAUAAAGAACACAUUAUUAUUGUACUUACAUUGUUUGCCUUUGAUGUCUACAAUUAAUAAAAAUUAUUCAGCAAC